AGUAGUCUAAAGACGAAAGAGAGAUAUAUAUAGUUAGAAAAUUUUAACCGCAGAACCAUUGAGUUAAUUGAGUCGUACACGUCAAGUACUUACGUAGGAGGUAAUUUUCUAAAAGCCACACAACUUCUAUUUGAAGAAACGCUCGUCGCAGAAUAUUCGAAAAUCGAUUUGACUGACGAACACCGGUGACGAAAGGGACGCAAAUAAGUUGGCGAGAGACGUCAUUGCGAUAGAUUCGACUUCGAAUACAAUCGUAAAAAAAAAAUCAAUUUGCGAAAGAAUACGCGGAAGGUGGGACGGCGAGCCAGGGUUCGCGGAGAUGCGUGGCUGAUAGGUCAAAGAUCGCAUCGAGGACAGAGAGAAAGGACCGUGAAAGUCACGGAGCGGCGGUGAAAGAAAAGGCGCGACCCGAGAAGUGGAUGUCUCGAGGUGGUGUGUCCUGGAAUUGGAGGGAAACCGUCGUAAACUCGUAAUUCUCGAGCAGCGAGUGGCAGUUUCAACCCCCGGGCCCCUCGAAAGGAAUAGAUAAAUACGGAUUCGGCGCCUUUGUCGAAGGGAGAUAAGCGUUAGGAAAAUAAGGCGGCAAAGUGAAUAAAGAUGAGCAGGCAAAGUGUCCCACCCCCCGGCAUCAAUUCCUGCGAGAGGAUCAGGCCGGAGCGACCCAGAAAUACAAUACAGAGGCUGGUAUGGGGUCCCGGAACACAGUUCCAAGUCGGUCAUAUCGGCAUCCCGGAGGACGAGGGCUCGAAUCCGCGGAUGGCAUUGAGAAGACUGCUGAGAUUGUACGAGGGCAGACAAUACAGGGAGGCAGCCGGCUUCCUGAUGAAGCUGCCGCAUUACACCUUAAAGGCCGCACUGCCGGAUAUUCCAGUGGACCUGUUGAUCGAAACGCUGCCACACAGCCUCACCUUGCUGGAGGCGCUCUAUUUCCGAUUGGUGGAGCUAAACGUCAGCGACACUAAGAUUCUGCGGAUCGAGCAGGUCCUCUGGAGGAUAGUGCACCUGAUAUCGACCAGUCAAGAUCACUUCCGACCGCGGAUCUGGUGUAAACUUCUCGUGUCGUUAAACAGAUUAUCGCCCAGCACGAAGAACACGCUGCUAUCGCGAAGACGUGCCCUAGAGAGAGCUGUAGAAGGACUCGGCAAGCACGGACUGGUGCCCUCCUCGCAGACUAACAUCUCCGAGAACUCCGUUACGUCGAAUCUAGUGCCUUUACCGGUGGCACUGAAGGAGGAACUCGAGACACGAACGGAAGCAUACAAAUUAGCGUUGCACAAGAUCGAGAAUUUCGGCAAGCAUUCUGGGACCAAUAAAGCGGAUCAAGGUGUACAGGCGGCUUCGCAUCAGCGGCAGCUUUCCCUCAAGUACAGCGAGAUCCAGCAGCGGCUGAUCGAUAAUCAGAGCCUGUUAAACACCUUGGAGAAAGCGGGCGGGCCGUGUAGGUUGGAGAAUCUGCUGGCGGAGCUGAAGCACCGGGUCGAGCAAGAUAAGGAGGCGCUCCGGCAAUGGACGGCCUUGAGGAAAUCGACCUCCGGACCGACGAACGCGAAGAAUCCGGCGCUCGCCGCCAGAUUGUUGCAGUUUUCGCGGGGCUGCGCGCUCGCCCUGCAGUUCAUGAGCGAAGAUAAUCCGCAGGUUUUCCAUUUGGACGAAAAUCUCGGCGACGACUACGAGGAGGAGUCCAGCAGCGCUGGUUAUCACACGGACGAGAGCUGUAGCCCGACUCCGGAGCCGGUUGUAACGGGCAGCAACUGCGAGGCGCUCGGCGUGGAAGGAAAUUGCUCAGAUUUAACCUCGGCGAGUAUCACAGUGGAACAACUCGCCGAGAGAUACGGCGCUCUCUACGCUCAGGCUAACUUGCAUACCCUGGAUGCCUUGGACGCACUGGAGUCCCUCAAGGACGCUCCUGAUUUAAAAGCGAAGAUUCUCUACUCGGUGGUGGUGCUCUCGUGGCGUCUAGCUGGCAUGGUCCAGACGUCGAGGCGCCUGGAAGCCUUGAAGAUCCUGAACGGCGCGGCCGCGGCCCAGACAGCGGCGGCGACCCCGGAGCUCGAGGAAUGCAUAAAGAGACAGCUGGCCACUUCCGGGGCGCAGACCGGUUCCCGUGAGGUCGCCGAGCAGGUGGUCAGCCAGUUGGAGAGGACACUGUACGACUUUCCGUGUCUGCAUGGCUGCGCCGAGGUCAAGAAUUACGCCAUCGCCUGCUCCACUUUGGCCUGGGCGUGCCUGGCACGUUCCACGCCGCUGGUGCUCGAUGCGGCGCAGAGUCUCGAGUUCCGCAGAGACGUGCACGUGAGGCAUCACGCUUCCCCGAAUCCGCACGGGACCAGGAUCAGGUCGGUCCUGUGGCCAGGACUUCGCGAGGGCUGCCAAGGUCCCUGCCUUCACAGAGCCGUCGUGCUAACUUGCUGAAAUACUGCGACUUUUCUAUAA